AUGUAUAAAGUAAGGGGCUUCGGUGGCACAAUCGACAGAGCAAGCACCUUCUACCUCUGAGUGGGUUCAAUCCCCUAUCCGGACUCCACACAUUCAUGUGUCGGUCAACGCUCUACCGAAAGUCGUGGGUUUUCUCCGGUUUCCUCCUACAGGAAAUCGAAUUUUGGGGUUGGAAUUUGAUGUAAGAUAUUCAUCCUUAGCUUUAUCUGUUAGAUGGUGGAUAAAGAUAAGAACUGGUACAUGACGUAGUGCAUGGUUGAUUACGCCACCCUCCAUUUCCCCCUACAUCACAGUUUAUUUUAAUUUUACCAAAAAUUGUAGACAUCCUGACAAAGAGUUUGGUCAACGAAUCUCUAGAAUGGGACAUUAAAGGCAACGGCAACAAAGCACCAAAGGAUAGGACAAGCAAACAUCUGUCAGACAUUGUUACGUGUAUCCAGGCAUGUGGUGUGUCUUUCAAUGUUUGGGAAAAAAGGAAUGGUGAUGGAAAAGGAAGUGGUGUGUACGAUUUUACCAGCCUGAUGGGUUCGGACAAAAAAAAGCUAUUGAGGGAUCUUCCAGAUAAGUUAGAUGGGGUAAUCAAGCCAACCCAAAGUGAGUCAGUUAUCAAGAUCUGGAAGGUACAGUAAUAUUCCAUUGCAUGUACAUGGUGCAAAAAUCUACGGACAUAACAAAAGUAAAACGCUAACAAAGUUCUUCUUUUUAGGACUUUGACAAGAUUUAUCACAUGAUGAAUGAGCACAAUCCCUCACCUGAAAGAGUUAAUGAAUUUUUUGAACAGGUGAGUGGCGCUACCAUGUACUACAACGCGUAUUUAUAG